UCAAUCAAGUACAGCUCAUUUAAGCACUUUGAAUAUUUUUAUAUAGCUUUUUUUUUUAAAGUCACAUAAUAACAUCAUUACAUACACUUAAACUUUAAACUUUUUAAAGAAUUAAAACGAAACCAUACGUUACUAACCGCUAGAACAAAUAAAUUAGGCAAAGGUAGCACAGAAUUAUAGGCGUUCCCCGCAACGAGUCAAAACCGAUGUGCGCAUGCUCAGUAGGACAAAUCGAUGGGUAGGAUAAAUCGACAGAACACCUGUGUGGUGUUACUCUCCUGAAUUCGUUGUUCCACAAUGGCUAAAAUAUGCACAAUAUCUGACAGUGAGUCUGAUGCGUCAGAAGAUCAAGAAAGCACUGAGGUGGCAGAAGCCAAUCAUGGAGCUAAGGUGUCUUACGCUAGGCACCACCUACCUGGCUCAGAAAAACACAGAGGACCACAAUCAGCAAGGCAAAGAAAGUACUCCAUGAAUGAAGUGGUCUUCCAUGAGACGGCACCUGGAAGAGAUGAAGUUGAAAGUGAAGAGGGAUCUCCAUUCCGGCAUCGUUCCCGCUCAGCUCCUCCAUCCCUAUGGGCAGCCAAGAAAUAUGGCAGACAGUUGAGGAAGAUGAGUGAUGAGUUUGACGUCAUACUGGGCAAAGGGAUGAAGAGAGUGCAGAGUGCAGGAACACCCCAGCAGAUGCACACCUCCCCCAGCUGGUUGCAGUUUUUCUGGAGCGUUAGGGAGUCUGAUGCUGAAAACACUAACAGUCUGACGUCACAAGACUCACGUCCUUCAGAAUAAAGCAGUACUGGACAACAGGACUAACAAAUUCACUGUACGUGUAAUAGUGGAUAAAGCAUGAAGAACAAGGUCUGAGAGGCUCUUAAGGUCUGAUACUCUUUCUGUACCAGCUGUUUAAUUAAAGCCUUAAAGUAGGUGGAAAACGAGACCUAAGCUGUCCAGAUUCAUCAGAUCCAACAUGCUGCUUUUGAGAGAUUUUCUUUCUGGAUAUCUUCUCCAGGGAAAGACUAUGCAAGCCUGUCUGAGUGUGAUUGAUCAGUCUGUGAGAUUCACAAUCAAAAUAUGUGGUGCAUGAGGAAGGGUGCAAUAAUGUUAAUUACAGGGCACUAAUAGUCGCACAUUUUAUAGAUGACCUAAAUGCAUGAAUGUUUUUAAUGAUUGCCUUUUAUUAGGUUUAUAAAUGAUAUUACUUUAAUUGUCUGACUUUCUCGAUUAAAUAAACAAACUUAAUGUUAGAGGUUUAUUAUGAGUGAACAUUUGGUUAAAUGACAAUUUCUUUUACUAAUAUGAAUUAGCAAGCAAACUGCUGUAUCUUAUUUGUUGUGUGGGUGUUAUCUAUGUCGGGUUUUUAAAAGGACUUUGAACAGUUUUACAUCUUCUUAUCUUUAUCUUAAUACAAUAGUACUCAGACCAGGUAACAUGGGAGCUACAUACCUAGAAGAGACACAUUUGUAUUCAAAACACCAGCAAAUUGUAUUUCUUACAGUAGUUUUCCACACUAUAUGGCCUAAAGUUUGUGGCUGUUCCAUUUGCUAACAGAUUUGUGGCAACAGAUUUAUCUUUCACUUUUCCAGCAUGACUAAAGUGAAGUCCAUGAAUACAUGGUUUGAUGGGUUUGGAUGGGUGAAAUUCCAGUAUUCUGUACCAAGCUUUAACCCCAACCACACUAAACAUUUUGGGAUAAAUUGGGUCGUCGAUUGUAGGCCAGGCAUUGUCAUCCAACAUGGUGCCUGACCUCACAAAUCCCAUUUGUACUGAAUUGACACAAAUGGCUACCAACACUGACUGCCAUUAAUAGGUUGUGUGUUUUGCUGCAUUUUCGUCACCUACUAAAACAAAAAGAAUGUGAAUUGGCUGCAAAAAUUGCCCCUAAGAGUGAGUUAUUGUGUGUGAGGGCCUGCACUGAAUUGGAAAACCUGUUUCCAGGUGAUGUCAGACCCAGUGAACCUUACCAGGAUAUACUGAAAGGUAAAAAUGUAUUCAUUUUCCAAGCCAUGUUUUAAAUGAAAAGAGCCCCAUGUGUUUGUGUAUAUGAGUAACUGUGCUUUACAGAGCAGUCAGCAAUCUAAGAACAGAAGAUAAGAUUACCACAACAAUGGAUAAAAACCUUUAAAGAAAUAACAUCAGGGCUGUAAUAGUGCUGAUAUUACUUGAAAAUGUGAAAUACUUUAAUGUUUUAUACAAAUGUACUGUUAACCAGUUUAUAAAAUAAAAAUACUUAAACUAAAAUGA